AUGCCAAUGGAUCAAAUCGAGAUCGACUUCACCCCACCAUUCAGGAGGAUCAAGAUGAUAGGAGAGUUAGAGAACGUGGCUAACCUCAACAUACCAAAAGACUUGGCGAAGAAGCUAACAACUUGUUGGAGAAUUCUCGAAGUCACAUGUGUAAACCCAACUUUCAUCAUCAACCAUCCCGAGAUCAUGAGUCCCUGGGCAAAAUGGCAUAGAUCGAGCAGUGGUUUGACUGAGAGAUUCGAGCUGUUCAUCAACCAACAUGAACUCUGCAACGCCUACACGGAGUUGAAUAAUCAUGUGGUUCAGCGCCAGCGUUUUGCUGAUCAGUUCAAGGAUAGACAAUCUGGAGACGAUGAAGCAAUGGCUUUAGAUGAGACCUUCUGUAAUGCUUUAGAAUAUGAAUUGCCUCCUACAAUUGGUUGGGGACUGGGAAUAGACAGACUUGCUAUGCUCUUAACUGAUUCACAGAACAUCAAGGUUAUAUUGUUCCCAACAAUGAGGCCUCAGGACGAGCCAGCAGCCUUGAAAGCUCCUUUGCAAGCAGAGAACUAA